CAUAUCCCCUUAUCCACCUCGCCACCCCUUCCCGCGCAUCACCUCUUAGCUACCACCGCCGUCCUCCGCUGCUCCAUCUCACCUUGCACUUGCUUAGCCGACGACCCCGCGCGCCGCCUCUCCCCUCGCCAAGAAACGCGCGCCAUGGCCAUGGCCACGCAAGCCUCCGCCGCCACGCGCCACCUCCUGUCCGCCGUCUGGUCGCCGGCAAAGCCGCGCCUCAGCUCAUCCGCCUCGCUCCCGUCCUCGUCCCGCGGCCCCGCGCCACUCAGGGCCGCGGCCGAGGAGCCCGCCGCCGCGGCGCCCGCGACCGAGGAGAAGAAGCCCGAGGCGCCCAAGGGGUUCGUGCCCCCGCAGCUGGACCCCAACACGCCGUCGCCCAUCUUCGGCGGCAGCACGGGCGGGCUUCUCCGCAAGGCGCAGGUGGAGGAGUUCUACGUCAUCACGUGGACGUCCCCCAAGGAGCAGGUGUUCGAGAUGCCCACGGGCGGCGCCGCCAUCAUGCGGGAGGGGCCCAACCUCCUCAAGCUGGCGCGCAAGGAGCAGUGCCUCGCCCUCGGCACCAGGCUCCGCUCCAAGUACAAGAUCAACUACCAGUUCUACCGCGUCUUCCCCAACGGCGAGGUGCAGUACCUGCACCCCAAGGACGGCGUCUACCCGGAGAAGGUCAACGCCGGCAGGCAGGGCGUCGGCCAGAACUACCGUAGCAUCGGCAAGAACGUCAGCCCCAUCGAGGUCAAGUUCACCGGCAAGAACGUCUUCGACAUCUAAUCUCACCUAAUCCUCAACGAAAUUUCAGCUGCUGCUGCUGCUGGUUGGUCGAUGGUGGAUCGAAAUGUAAUUUUAUUGUCAAGUUUUCUUGGUGAAUGUGGAGGCGGUGCAUGGGAUUAUAUGUACAUGUUAAUUGGUGAUGUUUGCAAUAACUUUGCGUGCAUAUGAUUGAUCAUUGCUAGUUGGCC